UUCACUUCCGGUUCCGGUUUAGACGCCUGUGAAGCGCGCUAGCUCCUUCGCUACAGGUUACGAGAUUUGAUACGUUUACGUUCCAGCAUGUCUCACAACUACUCCUACAGACGACCACCACCAGCUAAAGAUCUAAGAGCCAGCGCUUUUGACUCUCCAGAUCACCUGCACCCUGGAGACCACGGUCACAAUGUUUACAGAUCGUCCCAGGAGCCACCGUCUCAUUCCACAAUACCAUCCUACCCAUCCUCCUCAUCCAGAGCCUCCGCUGCCAACGAGUCCCCUUACUCCUUCUCACUACGCCAGUCAGACCCUUACUCCUCUCUAAGCCGGUCAGACCCUUACUCUUCCUCUCUAAGUCGGUCAGACCAAAUUCUGUCCCUCCUGAGCAGCUGUGGGCUCGAGCCCAAAGACUUGUCUCUACUAGCCGAGAUGCCUGAGGAGCUCAUCACUGUGGAGAACCUACCACGUCUGCUCCUGGAGAUCAGAAAGAAGAGGGCGACACAGCAGCCACCAUAUCCAGCUAUGAUCUCUUACCCCCCUGCUGCCACAUCUCGCCCCCCCACUGCUACCCCUCCUCCAGGCCGUGCGUGGGAGCAGGGUGACCAGAGUCGUUCUCAGCCAUUAGACUACCCAUUGGACCCCCACCACGCUCUUCCCCCUUCCCAACUCCUUCCCACAGAACAGGCUGAGCCCUGGCAACUAGAUCGUCAUGGCAACCCGAUGCAGUACACACGCUCUCGCCUAGAACCUGUGCCUGUCCGAGUUGUGGACUACCACUAUGGUAAAGAAACUCCCAGAAGUUACCAAACUCCUAGGUCCACUUACAGCACGGCCCAAGGAGGAAGCAGCAACAGCUGGAAACCCCCCAACUCAUCCCAACCAGCAGUAGAUUACAGGUACCCACCACCACCAGCUACAAACUACAGACCACGCCCAGACCAAGAUGUCCCAGUUGUCACAAUCAAGAUGGCCACCUCUGGCAACACUCCCACCAAGAAGGCUGCUCUUGACUUCCACGGAGAAAUCCCCCAAACGUUUCCUUAUUCGUGCUCUCUCUGCGAUAUUACUGUGCUCUCUGAAAAGUUCUGGUUCACACACAUCAAUGGAACUCAACAUGCAGACGGACAGCUCACACUUCUUCAAAUGUAUCCUGAAUGGGAUUGCCAGAUGCAGACCGCCAGAAGUGGUGACGACCACACAGACAGACCAAGGGUUGAAGAGAAGACUGGUGGACCUUCCCAUAGGUCUAUUAACUACUUAGGUAAACCGUCAAGUAGCGGCUCUAGAAAAAACGUAGACACUAAGACAAAGGUUACAAAGGGGAGUGGCAAAGUGGUUUGUGCCAAAUUUACCGCCCGGUGUCUCAACGAAGAUGGUUUGAAGGACCUGAUUAAACCGUUUGGUGAAGUUGUGAAAGUCAUCAUGUUCCAUGCUUUGGCGUUUGUGGAGUUGGGGUCAACGGACCAGGCCGCCGAUAUUGUGACAUACUACCUCAGUAACCCAGUGAUGGUGAAAGGAGGACAAGUCACCUUCUCUGUCUCGUCAACAUUUAAUUUCCUACAGAGUUCCCGGGUGUUGAGUUUUUCCCCUGUGCCUCCUGGUAAAGAGUCUGCCGCGUGGAAAAGAGAGUUACUGGCCGUAGCGGAAGGAUUUGGACCUGUGGCGCACUCUCUAUUCUUACCUACGCAGGCAUUUGUGGAAAUGACGAAUGCACUGGAUGCACAGAAGCUUGUUGGACACCAUACGUCCAAACACCUGAAAAUAGAUGAGAUACAUAUUAAAGUGGCCUUCUCAUCAGAGUAUGAUACAUUUCGGACCAUGUCUGAGAGGAAGUCUUCAGACAGGAAGUCUCCAGACAGGAGCAGGAAGUCUGAAGACAGAUCUAAGAGGAAGAGAACCCCAAGCCCCAGAAGGCGGUCCCUCAGCCCCAGGAGAGAUUCACCAACCUCCUCAAAAAGGAGGAGGAGUAGAGAGAGGGAUAGCGACCGUCACAAAGAACGAGUGAAAUCAAACAGUGGGGGUAAAAGCAGGCCAAAGUCCCCCAGAAAACAGAGCUCCAGUCGGUCCUCCAGAAGCCCUCGCAGGCCAAGGUCCCCCAGCAAACAGAGCUCCAGUCGGUCCUCCAGAAGCCCUCGCAGGCCAAGGUCCCCCAGCAAACAGAGCUCCAGUCGGUCCUCCAGAAGCCCUCACUCCCAUACUAAAGAGCGGGUGUCCAGUGAGAAGGUAUCCCCCAUUUCCACAUCCACUCGCUCACAACCUCCCAUCAAGAAUAAGACCACAUCCCAGUCCUCCACUGUGAUGGAGAAGUCCAAAAAGGCUGUCGACACGAUUGACCAGAGCAAACAAGAAACUGAGAUCCAGGACAGCCAGGAGGAUGGAGCCAUGGAGGCCUGUGAAAUGGACAGUGACAUCGAGGGGAUGGCCGUGUAUGGGGAGGAUGGGGAGGAGAACUCUGACAUGGGAGAGGAGGGAGAGGUAGAGGAGGAAGAGGAACCGCAGGAGAGUGCUGAGGACUUGAUCCAGGAGUUUAAAGAACUAUGUGAGCCCAGGCAGAAAGCAACCUCUGGGACUGUAGAUGAUGCUCCUACAGAAGAGCUAUCAGCUACCGGGUCAGAACAGGGGAAAGAGCUCUCAGUUACCGGGUCAGAACAGGGGAAAGAGCUCUCAGCUACCGGGUCAGAACAGGGGAAAGAGCUCUCAGCUACCGGGUCAGAACAGGGGAAAGAGCUCUCAGUUACCGGGUCAGAACAGGGGAAAGAGCUCUCAGCUACCGGGUCAGAACAGGGGAAAGAGCUCUCAGCUACCGGGUCAGAACAGGGGAAAGAGAUAGAUGUUGAAGACCAGAAAGGAGAUACUUCAUACAUUGAUGAUGAGCCUGAUUUCCCAGAGGACCUUGAGAAUCUUAUUACAUUGGAUGAGCUGGAGGAGGAUUCCUCAGGUGAUAACCAAGAUAACCAGUCAACAGAUGAGAUCAAGAGCAGAUCCAAGAGCAAGCCCUCAGGACGUGAUCAGACACCUGGUAGAGUGAUCUACGUCAAAAACCUUCCCAGAAGCUUCUAUACGGAUAGUGACUUCCUGAAGAUUGUUAAAGGCUUUGGGAGAGUGCACCGCUAUUUGCUCCUUCGCAACGGUGAAGAGGGCUUCAUUGAGAUGGAGAGGUCUUCUGAUGCGACAAAGGCUUUAAGAGAGCUGCGUUAUAAUGGCUGUAAAUUAUACGGCCAGAAGUUGAUCAUCCUGCGGUCUCAGAAAUACAAAAGACUAACAACAGGGUGGAAACCUGAAUCUGAUUCUAAAAGUGAUCGGAAGAAAGAUCACUUGAGUACUAGAAGCAGUAGCAGGAUAAGGAGUGGACGGACCAGCAGUCACUCAAAGUCAGUGGCUAAGGACGACAAGACAAAAGAGAAGGACGACAAGACAAAAGAGAAGGACGACAAGACAAUGGAGAAGGACGACAAGACAAUGGAGAAGGACGAGGAGACAAUGGAGAAGGACGGGGAGACAAUGGAGAAGGACGAGGAGACAAUGGAGAAGGACGAGGAGACAAUGGAGAAGGACGAGGAGACAAUGGAGAAGGACGAGGAGACAAUGGAGAAGGACGAGGAGACAAUGGAGAAGGACGGGGAGACAAUGGAGAAGGACGAGGAGACAAUGGAGAAGGACGAGGAGACAAUGGAGAAGGACGAGGAGACAAUGGAGAAGGACGAGGAGACAAUGGAGAAGGACGAGGAGACAAAAGAGAAGACAUCACGACAAGUACGCUCCAAGCCAGCCCAACACUGUGACAAGGAGGACAUAGGAGCGUCUGAAGGGAAUAUUGACAAAUCCUCCAACAGUGAAGACCAAAAGGAUGCCCCUGUCCCUGCUGCUGAGAAAGAGAAGCAGGCCUGUAGCAACGAGGAUAAUGCAGAAACCAAGAUGGAGGAUAAUGUGGAAACGGGACCAGAUUCCAUGAAGACUGGUAUGGAGUCAUCGUUCCAGGCCAACAACCCAGUAGGAAGAGAAUUCAUUAAACCUGUCAUGGGCUACUUCUGCGACCUGUGUCAAGUCAUCUAUGUCAAUGAGGACGAAGCAAAGAACCAACACUGCAGCAGCCUCUGUCACUAUCUGAAGUUUAUGGAACAUUCAGGUAAAGACACAGCCUCUAGCUAAAAAGAUGUCCCAUCUCUGGAGGAAGUUGACAAGAUGACAGUUUUAGGCCCAAUUUGACGGGAAGUGUACAAGUGCACACCUCCGGAGGAGUGUGGAGAAUCUGGAUUUUUCUUUAUAUUGCACUCAAGAAGAACGGCACAGGUUUACCUAAUCCACGAGAGGCUCUUUGUGAAACUCAUCCUAGAACAAUAAAUGAGAUUGCAGAUUACGUUAAUCUGUAUUGGUUUAUAUGAACAAAUGUUCAGCACCUACCUACAUAUAUUGUUAUGUUUGUGUUAGAAUAGCUCAGAUCUACUUUCUGUAACGUGAAUUGUUCGGUUUUCCCAUGUUAUUUGUUUUCAAGAUUUGUUUGAAUUUGAACUGCAUUCUAAACGAUUGUUAAUAAACGUGUUUAAUUAUUGCA